CUCGGCGCUCACUGACGUCAUCAGAGUGCGCUUGGUCUCGGUGCUUCCGGUGCGCUCUUCACGCACGGAGAUAAACCAUGGCUACUACCGGGUUCUCGUUCGGGGGUUCUUCAACCACAACUCUCAACCCGGCCACUGGGACAGCCACGCCAUUUUCCUUCGGAACAAAUCCGGCUGCGAGUAAUACUGGUACAACACCUUUUGGAAGUUUUGGGACCCCCGCAGCAACAACCGCUACAUCAGGGACUGGCACCAUGUUUGGAGCCAAACCAACUACAGGAUUCACUUUGGGAUUACAGAAUACAGCUCCUGCAGCAUCAUCUGGCUUUAGUUUAAAUUUUGGCAAACCUGCUGGAUCAGCUACACCUUUCUCUCUGACUACCACUACUACCUCAUCCACAGGCCUUUCCUUGCCCUCUUCUUUGACAUCCACCCCAGCAACAGGCACAGGGUUUUCGUUGAAUUUGAACAGUGGUGCAACAGCUACAACUACAGCAAGCCCUGGCCUGACACUCGGUCUUUCUGGGUCACUUUUUCAAAACGCCAAUUCUGCCAUAUCAGGUCUUGGACAGAACCCAUUGGGUCUAACAGCACCAGCAACUCAGGCUACUUCAAAUGAUGGUCUUGGUGGCAUAGAUUUCAGCAGUUCGUCGGAUAAAAAAAGUGAUAAAACUGGAACCCGACCUGAAGACAGCAAAGCGCUUAAGGAUGAAAAUCUACCUCAAUUAAUCUGCCAAGAUGUAGAAAAUUUCCAAAAGUUUGUGAAGGAGCAGAAACAGGUGCAAGAAGAGAUCAGCAGAAUGUCUUUUAAAGCCAUGAUGAAAGUAGAGGAAGACAUCAAAGCCUUGAAGCAACUUUUAUCAGUUGCCUCCAGUGGCCUUCAGAGAAACACUCUGGCUAUUGAUAAACUGAAAAUUGAAACCGCUCAGGAACUUAAAAAUGCUGAAAUAGCUUUAAGAACACAGAAAACACCACCAGGUCUUCAGCAUGAAAAUACAGCACCAUCAGACUACUUCCGGACUUUAGUAGAACAAUUUGAAGUUCAGUUACAGCAAUACAGGCAACAGAUUGAGGAGCUGGAAAACCACCUGGCAACACAAGCAAACAGCUCACACUUGACACCACAAGACCUAUCCAUGGCAAUGCAGAAGAUUUAUCAGACAUUUGUGGCCUUAGCAGCCCAGCUGCAGUCCAUACAUGAAAGUGUUAAGAUGCUCAAGGAAAAAUACCUUGGUUUCCGGAAGACAUUCUUGGGCGAUUCCACAGAUAUAUUUGAGGCACGGAGAACUGAAGCCAAGAAGUGGCAAAGUGCCCCACGCAUAACCACCGGGCCCACACCCUUUGGCAGUGUACCAAACGCAGCAGCUGUGGCGAUGGCUGCAACCCUGACCCAGCAGCAGCAGCCUGCUACAGGGCCCCGGCCUUCACUAGGAGUUGGGUUUGGAGCACCCUUCGGUUUAGCUAUGAGUUCUGGUCUACAACCAGCUGGCUUGGGCUCUUCAAGUAUUGGAGGAUUUGGAGGUAGCUCGGCUUUCGGAAGCAACCCAUCUGGAGCUGGCUCUUUUGGCUUUGGAACUGCAAAUAAACCAUCAGGAAGCCUCAGUGCAGCACAUUCUCCCAAAAGGAUGUUGGCUUCCUCAGGAUUUGGCACUUCAUCUACAUCUGGAUUUAACUUCAGCAGUCCCGGCAUCACUGCAUCAGCUGGUUUAACCUUCGGAGUAUCUAACCCCUCAUCUACCAAUUUUGGGACCGGAUCACAGCUGCUACAGCUUAAGAAGCCCCCAGUUGGAAACAAGAGAGGGAAACGAUAGACAUUUUAGAGAGAGAGAAGUUAGCUAGUACAUUUGAAGAUCUAUUUUUCUAAACAUGUGCUCUAAUUGUUCCCUAAGAGAUUUAUAAAGUUUUUUGAUAUUUUUUUUUUUUUUUCUCCAAUGUUUUCAUGUCUGAAAGCCACUGAUGUGUUUUGUACCCAAUGUCGUACUCUAUAAUAUAUUCUCUUGGAGGCUGUCAUGUCAACAGUGCACUAAACUGUACAUCAAGACUUCACAACUGUCUUUUAAUAGCUUGUUGGCUAUUAUUGCACAUACUGUAUGGGUUAUAAGUGGUUUCAUCAAUGAGUGUUACCAGUGAAGUUUUGCAUAGUUAUUGGUUUGUUUUUUGUUUUUGCAGGUAUUUUUAUCAUAUGGAUUUAUACGGAUAGCUGACCUUGUGGCUGUUAGCUGUGGUUUAGUUACUGCUGCAUUGUGGUUGUGUACAGUGUACCUGGUUAUAGAGAACCCACACUAAUCUCUGUAAGAGGACACUGACCUCUAUGGUAACUGGAAGAAUUGGAGAACAAAAUGCUUUAAUAUUUACUCUUAUACUUUUAUAAAAAAAAUUCUCUUUUCCUACAAGUUAACAAAUUAGGUAGGAACCCUGGCAUGUAUAUGAUACCUGAUGUUCAGCACUUAAUCGUAAAAUAGCACACGGGUACAGGAGGUUAAAUAAUGAUCUCAACUGUAUCGUUGGUUGAAACCAACCACUCCUGGUAUGUUCUGCUGUGUCUAGUCUUAAAAGUGACCCUUUCCUUUGCCCAUGUAGGGCAAAUUAUAAGGCUUAAAUAAAGCUUGAUCUCUUAUGCUGGCCCUAUAAAAAUAUAUCUAAAGAAAAAUGUAAGUCCUCCCAGCAUAUAAUGUUAAGUUAAAGCCACGCAUUUGAAUUGCUCAGUACAUUUUAAAUUCAAGUCUACAAGACACCCUAGCCCUGAAAAUGUAAUUCUAUAUAGUUUGUCCUUUUUGAAUAUAAUAUUUUCCAACAGAAGAAUGGAGUGCAUUAUACUUGUGUGCGUUGCCGUCCUGACAUAACCGAGCCAUUAUUUUUAUUUGAAAUAACGUCACUCCAUCUUCAACCUCCAGAGAAAUAUUGGAUGCAUUUUAAAGAGUGUAAAUUACAUUCACAGGCCUUGGUUAACAUUCUCGAACUAUUGACCCUAUGGAGAAUAAUAAAGCUCCCCAUAUCGAUCUUUUUGGAGAUGCACUGAAUAUAUACAGUAGGCGCUGGCCAAAUCACUGUUUCCACAUACAGCAUAAUGUCUUCUUUCAUUUUUUUUUUUUUUGUUUGUUUUUUCAUUGUGGCCACUGCUAGUCAAGCAGCUAUCUUCCUGUGUUGACCAAUUAUGCCUGAUGCUAUGGUCUUAUCAGUUCAUCAAGAGAAUGAAUGUCCCUGGGUGCUGGAAAUUUGGCUUCUAGUGUACAGACUUUCCUUAUAAAUUCCUGCCUCAGCUUUGUGCAGUUGAUGGGCCCCAUUGUUUUUCCUUUUUUUUUGUUGUUGUUCCUCAAUGACUGCUUUGUAUUCACUUUUAAUUGCCUUUUUUUUUCACCAUCUAUAGCUGUUUUUUUUUUUUUCUUGCAUGUUUUUUUUCACUUUAGUAUAUGUAUAUAUGCCUGUAUAUGUCCUUCAUUCUGAAAAUGUAUAUAAAUUGGAGUCAUAAACUAU